AUAAAAAGCCAGGAGCUUUUCUUUCUGCCUCGCGCUCCCGGCGGUAGCAGGUGCGGCUUCGACAUGCAGAGCAACGCCGGCGAGUUCGUGGACCUGUACGUGCCGCGGAAAUGCUCCGCCAGCAACCGCAUCAUCGGGGCCAAGGACCACGCGUCCAUCCCGAUGAACGUGGCCGAGGUCGACAAGGUCACGGGCAGGUUUAACGGGCAGUCCAAGACGUACGCGAUCUGCGGCGCCAUCCGCAGGAUGGGGGAGUCAGACGACUCCAUUCUCCGGCUGGCCAAGUCCCACGGCAUCGUCUCGCAGAACUUCUGAGCGAACAGGGCGUGGCGCAUCGUGGCAA